GUUGUGAGGAUUGGUCACCCUGCUAGAUUGCUCAGUGUUGUUCAGGAUCAUUCCUUGGAUGCCCUGCUGUCUACCUCUGAAGGAACAGCCAUUGUGCGAGAUGUCAGAAAGGACAUUGAUGAUACACUGUCAAAAGUUAGGAAAUCAAGGAAUCAAUCAGAAAAGAAGCACCUCAAACAAGAAGUAAAAUCUCUGCGAGGAGAACUGAAACAAAGAGAAGAUAAAGCUGUCACAGAGAUUCUCACUGGCGCUGAUGUUGUCUUGGCAACCAAUACUAGUGCAUCCUCUGAUGGUCCCCUUAAACUUGUCAAGCAGGACCAUUUUGAUUUGGUUGUCAUUGAUGAGGCUGCCCAAUCAUUAGAGGCUGGCUGCUGGAUACCUUUACUGCAGGCAUCAAGGUGUGUUCUUGCAGGUGAUCACCUUCAGUUACCUCCCACAAUACUAUCCAAGGAAGCAGCCAAACGAGGCUUAGAAGUUACUUUAAUGGAGAGACUCAUAAAAAUGCUGGGAGAUGGAGCCGUGUGCAUGUUAACAACGCAAUACAGAAUGAAUGAGACGAUUAUGAAGUGGUCGUCUGAAAAACUGUAUGGUGGUCGACUUAACGCAGACAGCUCUGUGAAAUCACAUCUUUUAAAAGAUCUUCCUGGAGUUCAGGGAACAGACGAGACGUCACUUCCGCUUCUUUUGAUUGACACUGCGGGAUGUGACGUCAGAGAAAAGGAAGUGGAAGACGAGGUAUCAAAAGGGAAUGAAGGCGAGGCUGACAUUGUCGCUGCACAUGUCAUGGCGCUUACGACGGCUGGGCUCCAACCUAGUGACAUCGCUGUCAUCGCACCUUACAACUUGCAGGUGGAGCUACUUAGAUUGCGUCUCUCGUCAAAGUAUCCAGCGCUGGAAAUCAAAUCUGUAGAUGGCUUUCAAGGAAGAGAGAAGGAAGCUGUUGUUAUAUCACUAGUUCGUUCGAACGAAAAAGGCGAAGUGGGUUUUCUUGCCGAACACAGGCGAAUUAACGUUGCAAUAACUCGAGCUCGUCGUCAUCUGGCCGUUGUCGUCGAUUCCGAGACUGUCAGUCAUGAUUACUUUCUUAAAUCCCUGAUGGAAUACAUGAGCAGUGCAGGAGAGGUGCGAUCGGCUCACGAAUAUCUCCAGGAUUCACUUCCAACUACUGUUAACUGUUACACGAACCAACAGGACGAAGUUUCUAUGUCCGAAAUGACAGGUAGUGAAUGGAAGAAAAAGGAGAAUGCUGGAGAAACGAGACCCGUUUCUAAAUUAAGAAAAUUAAAAGAAAAACAGGACCUCAAGUCAACAAAUGAUUCUGAAAGCGGAAAGGACAUUCGAAAAUUAGAAAUUAGCGGAGCUGAGGAGAGAAAAGAUGUUGCUUCGAUUGUUUCUGGUAAACCGUUCAAUCUUACGGAAGAAAACAGUGAACAAAAUUCUGAAAACAAUUUCAAAAGAACGAAACAAGAAAAACGUCAAAGUAGUAAUACUGUGACGACGAAUUACAACCGCGAAAAUAUUGAAAAAGAAAUUUUAGCUUUCAUUCAGGAUGCUACGAAGAAAGAGUUGACUUUCCCGAAGACGCUGAACUCACAACAGAGGUUUGAUGUCCACAGCAUUGCAGAAAAGUUGUCACUCGGCCAUGAGAGCCAUGGAGAGGGUAAGGAGAGGUAUAUCGUGGUUAGAAAAGUGACAUCAGCUUUGCAAGACGACGAAGGUGAUUCCGACCUUUUGAGCACUUGUCCCUUGUGCAGGAAGCGAAUCCCAGCUUGUAAUCUUCAGUUACAUUCUCUACGUUGCGACCAGAUACAGAGAUCUAAAAUGGCUGAAACAAACAAAGCAGAACGGAAUCAGGAGUUGUCAGCUCCGCCAAGUGCCAAGCCUCAGAAGACAAAAGUUAGAAGCAAAUCCUCGACAGCUUUACAACCAGAGGAAGACUUGGACAAACUGUUGGCUUCUUUUACCAAGUUAGACACACAAUGUGGUUUCGACGGCUGCAAAAAGAGCAUAAGAACUCUAGGACAGUUGUGUACAUGUUGUGAUAGGACGUUCUGCUUGUCCCAUCAAAUCCCGGAGGUUCACGGUUGUGGUGAAGCAGCAAAAUUAAGAGCUAGACAACAAGCUAGCAAGCCAAAGACAGGGAAACCAAAGGCAUUGGACGUAACUCGUAAAGCACAGCUACAGAGAAAAUUGGAGAGAAGACUAGAUGAUAUGUCGGAACAAAGGAAAUCAAAGCGUAAAGGAAAAGACAAUUGAUAAAAGAGUAAGAACAAAGUUUCAGGUCAUUCUCACAAACCGCUCUUGCCGCGUUGUUUCCCGCUCAAACAAGUCGCUUGAACUUUUUAAAUCUGGGAUCUUUCGCAAAAUUUGAGACCAGUUUUUUUCGGCGCUAAAGGUGGUUACCCAAGAGAGAGUUGACUGUGAUUAGACGAGGGAGAAAUUUUUGUGUUGAUGAAAUUGAGUUCUAAAAGGAAAAUGUGAAAAAUUUGGAAGAUUUGAUUUAUGUCCAUUCCCUACAUCUGUUAGGAGAAGUGUAACAUAUGCGCGUAAGCAUGAAGAGAAACAUAAGAAUGGCCCUAUGGCACCGAGAGUUUACAUCCCUCACCAAAAGUGUGGUUACUGGAUGAAAGACUAGAAAAAAGAGGAAAAAAACUAUGCAAAAGCAUUUAAGUUAGAAUUGUGCAAGUCAGAACAAAGAAGUUGCCCCUUUUACUGCCAUUUUUCACUGUCUCCUGUCACACCAUCUUCAAAACCGUUCAACAAAUAAAGUCAAGAAUCAAAGUGGUAAAAUAAAAUGAAUAUUCAAACAGU